ACUCUUUGUUCGCUCUAGGGUUUUAGAGCGCGGGUUGGUGAUCUUGAGGAGUGCUCUAAUGGCGCCUAGGGUUUCAGCGAAAGGGAAGGGGAAACAGGGGAAGGGCGGCGGUGGGGAUCGAUCGGCUUGCCGCUGCGUCAAGGAGUGGACUACUUGGGCCAUGAAGAAGGCCAAGGUCAUCACCCACUACGGCUUCAUCCCUCUUAUCAUCGUCAUAGGUAUGAACACCGAGCCCAAGCCCCAACUCUCGCAGCUCCUUUCUCCUGUCUGAUGGUGGAUCGGAUCAUUGGAGAUCUGGCGCUGGUCUUUCGCGUAUGCGUCGACUUUACUCUGUUUUUUAGAUCUCGAUUUAGAACUUUGUCGACGUGUUAUUUGUUAUUCUUCAUAUAACAGUUGUGACAGAAAAGAAAGUUUGGAUUUUGAUUUAUGAGUAGUUGAGUUGCUUGUUCGCUUUCAAUGUUUUGGUUUCUUUAGUGCUUUGGAUGAGAUUUAGACUCAGUUAAUAAAGCAUGGAUCAUGGUUUUUUUUUUC